AUGCUGUUAUGUCUGCUCUUGAGGCAAUCCUCGUUUGCGCAUUUCCUCUAUGACAGCGCGGAUGUGGGUGUUCACAAGUGCGAGUUUCAGGGCAAACUGGGUGACAAGCAGGUACGACUGUACGUAUUUCUGACCGCAUGUACACGGCCCAAGGAGGUGGACCUCCCUGCAGCAGCUGCCGCCGUACGAGUCCCAGUGGUGGCGGCGGCGGCGGCCGGCUCUACUGCUGCAGCGGCAGAGGCGGGCGGCAGAAGGCGCGCCGCCAUCGCAGCGGAGGCGGCGGAACGGCCGUACGGCAGCAGCCAUACUGCCUCAUCCUCCCGGUCCUCUUCCCUGCCGCCGCCGCCGCCGCCACCAAACCUGUUCCUGUCGGGAUUCACGUUCUUGAUGGACCUCGGCGAUUGCGUCACUUCCACGCAGCUGCAGCAGCCGCUAUCGACGCUGCUCUGGGCUGCCAGGCGGCCGCAGGCGGAGUUCUUCCUUCCGGAUGCCGUUCUCAGGCGAGCAGCAAGCAGCAGCGAUGGCAGUAGCAGUAGCAGCAGCAGUAGCAACAGCUACAAUAGCAACAGCUACAACAAAAGUGUAGAUGCAAACCGUGGCACUGGAAAUGAUGUUACAGAGAGUAGCAGUACGACUGGCAGUGGGAGCAGCGGCGAGGGUAGCAGUAGCAGCAAUGCUGGCGGUGGCGAUGGAAUUAGCUUGUUGGGGGAUGAUGGCCGUACAGCACAGGGAGGUCGACGGAGGCUUAUGCAGGAUGGUGAGCUGACGGCGCCGCCGGGGCCCCCGCCGCCGGCACCGGACACCUUUCCGGGCGCUGUACGUGAGGCAGGUCUGCAGUUGGUGAACGGCACGUAUGGCAUCAUCCGUAUCAGAUCGCUUCACUCGCGGCAGCAGUAUGACAUGCAUCUGUCGUACCGCGAUACCGUACAAUGGCUCAUCAAUCCUAGCCUCCGCAAGGAGCCAGGCCGCCUUGUUGUACGACUUUCCCUGGAGCCAACCGAGCUGGCAGCGAUUGCUAAUGCCGCUGCCGCCGCUCGUACGGCGACAAAAGGUGCCGUACAAUCCGUACCGCCAGCAUUCGAGGUCACGGCGGAUGGUUUUGAAGGCACGUGUGCCUACACGCCCUCAGCCGGUGACCAGAUGUUGUCGUACACUGAAUCCGGAUCUCGUCAGAGUUUAAUCCCGAGCCUUCCUAUCUGCGGUUGGCUAGAUCCGAAUCGAGUUUCGUACGACAAGUCUAUGUACGAGUUUUGGCGCACCCUUCAGUCACCGCCCUGGAAGCGCCUGCAGCAGCAGAAGAAGAAGCGAAGGCGGCUGCCGCCGCCGCCGCCGCCGCCCCCGCCACUCGCGACCAGCUUCACCCCGCCUAGCUAUAUGGUCAUAUCGCCGUACUUUAACCUUACGCCGUACGAUUUUGCAACGCUGCUUUGCCAUCACCUGGAAUACCAUACGGCACUGGGAAUCCAAAAGUAUUUGGUGUACAUCGAAGAGGGCGAAGAGGGGCUUAUGGCAGAUGCGCGUCUAGCGGCGCUGGCGGCUGCUGGCAGGCUGCAGCUGGUACGUUGGCGGGAGCUGCCGGCCGUCAAACUUCCGGGUACUGAUGUACGACAGCCGUACGCACAUCAGGGUGGGGUCUGGGAUGGUUUGGUGGGUACGACACGUGCCGCUUCCCGUACUGCAAAGCUCAACCACGCUUGGCACUUCCUCUCCCACCUCAACCCCUCAACGCGCUUCCCUCCCUCCCUCCUCACGCCUUUCCGUCGCCGCGAUGUGUGUGUACGGCUCCGGAAGAUUCUGUCGUACAACCACGCGCUUCUGUCGCUAUGGCACUUGGCCGCAGUGGUGGCAGUCGCGGACUUGGACGAGUACUUGCUAACCCAACGGCCCAUGACGUUGGAGCAGGUGGUGUUUUCUUGCUCGCCCCCGGGUCGCUACCCGCCCGGUGCGUUGUGGGUCCCGCGACGUAACGCUCUCUGUACGACAUGCUGGGCGGCCCUGGUGGGUGACCUUCCGGAGACACGCACCGCGUUACGCCGGGCACCGCACGCGCGGUCGCCAAACGGCACGGCGCUGCGAAACGUCUCCGGAAAACAAGUCGGCAACGCGACGCUGGUGGCGGCAGCGGCCGCCCUGGAGCGCCAGAUGUGGCUGACCGCCGCCGCCGCCACCUCCCGCGGCGGCGGCGGCGGCGGCUCCGCCGCCGCCGUUCUGCCGUACCACCCACUAGAGCACUACCGCCACUGGCGGGAGGGCAAUCACCACAAGAGCAUCAUGUAUAGUCACCUGGUGUCGUACUUUGGCGUUCAUAUGUCGUACAGUGCCGUACCGGGGCGGCGGCCGCAUACGGUGGCCCGUUUGGGGUGUGCGGUGUGGGCGCACUUGGGGACUCAGCUGGGUCCCCGGCAGGGCGCUGGGGGGGAUGACGAGGUGGCGGGGGGGAAGGAGGGGGACGACUCCCGCCGUGCCCAGCCAAGGCAAGGCGGGACCACGACGGCGUCGGCGACACCUCCUGCAGAUGCAGGCCGGGGCGUGCAGGUCGAGACGGGAGUGGGGGUACAGAGGACGUCUUAUGGGAGCGGUGAAGGGGCUGUGGCCGUGUUUCCGCCCAGGGCCAGCAACGGUAGAGAAGCGGAGGGGGAGGAGGAGGAGACGGGGGAGGAGGACGGCAACGCGGACAUUCGGGACGGGGACGGGUUUGGGGCUGCUGGUGGGCAGCGGGUUUCAGAUAGGGCCCGGGGAAAGUUCGCUGCGGGUACUGGUGCGGGUGCCGUACUCCCGGUUGAGGGUCGGUACUACUGGGCCCUGAACCAGAGGCUGGGUAGGCGUGUUCCCUGGGAGCGCCACUGGGGGCAGAAGGUGGGGAUGAAGGCGGAGGGGGUGAAGGGAGUUGCGGACGUCUAG